CUCGUAUCGUGAAAAGCUAGUUUGUCGUGCGCCACCACCAUGGCCACGCUUCUGUACACGAUCAUCGGCAUGACGGCGAGUGCCUCGCUGAAUUGCGCGGUGCGCCGUGAAAUCUCGCCGUGUACCUGCGCGCCGGGUCUGUUCCCGAACAACAUCGAUGUCAAGUGCGAACAGAUGGAGUCCUUCGGUCAAGUCGUCAACGCACUGCAGGACCGCUUCACCGAGGAUCACAACAUCUGGCUCACGAUUUCGCACUCACAGCUGCUCGAUCUAGGCGCGCUGUCCUUCUGGGAGAUGAACAUGAACAUCAAAUCGCUCCGGAUAAACUACGAUAAUCUGAGUCAACUGCCAGUUUCGACGUUCCGCAACCUGCCCCGGUUGGAUCUGUUCAGUGCGGCGGACAACCUACUGGAAGAGAUUCCGCCGGACAUGUUCGAGCAGAUGCCGAACCUGGGCACGCUGGAUUUAUCGCGCAGUCGCAUCCGCUACGUGUCCAGCGACACGUUUCGCCAUUUGCAGAACCUGCGCCACCUGGUCAUGGGGAGCAACCAGCUGCAGCGGCUCGACACGGACGCCCUACCGAAGACGAUCCAUUCGUUGCAGCUUAGCAUGAACUCGCUGCGCUCGCUCAACGGCAGCAUCCGUCAUCUGGACGAACUGAAGCUGCUCUUCAUCAGCGAGAACAAUCUGACCACGUUGGCCGGCGAGUUGCCUCACGGGUCACCGAAUUUGAUGAUGAUCACGGCCCAAAACAACCUGCUCGAGCACUUGCCGGCGGAGGUACGCUACCUGAAGAAUCUGGACAACCUGUGCAUCCCGGGAAAUAGGCUCCGUUCCCUCGACGGGCUACUGGCACGUGCCACGCACCUCACGAAGCUGCUCGCGCAGGACAAUCUGAUUGAGGAGCUGCGCAAGGACGAGUUCGCUGAAGCCGAGCGGCUCGAGGAGCUCAACUUGGCCGGCAACCGAUUGACGCACCUGAACGGUUCCCUGCUCAACUGCAAGGGUCUGAUCAACGCAAACUUUAGCGAAAACCGGUUGAAGGAAUUCUCGCUCCAGGAUGUGGCCGGGCUACGCAAGCUGCGUCUCCUUGAUCUUUCGCACAACCGCAUCGAGGUGCUAACGGGUCGGAUGGAGAACCUGAUCGACUCGGGAUUGAUCAUCUCCGAGCUGCGGCUCAACAACAACCGGCUCCGCUCGCUGGACGGUGCCCUAAUGGGCCUGAACAAUCUGCGCAUCCUGAACGUAGCCCACAACCAGCUUCAGACGAUCACACCGAACGAUCUGAUCGGUAUGGAGGAGCUCGAGCGAUUGGAUUUGUCGUUCAACCAGCUCAAAACUCUCGAGGAACUGUCCAAGACGUUCCUUCCCUCGCUGGAGUUGCUGAACGCUUCCUACAACCAGCUGACGACGAUGCACAAGGACUUCCACGGGCUGCCGAUCCUCUGCGUGGCCGAUCUGUCGAAGAACAUGAUCCGCGAGCUGUCGGUCGAUCUCGUGUCGAACACACGCUGCAGCAACCAUGGUGUACCGAACCGGUUAGAGAUUUUCCUCGACGAAAACCCGGUCCUGUGCAACGAAACGCUGCCGGAGUUGAUCAACCAGAUGGACUUCUACCACACGCGCCUGAAUGGCGUUGCGCACUGUAUCGUCCCGCAGCAGAUGCCCGUCGAAACGCCACUCUUUAUUCAACCACCGAUCGCGAUGCUACAACCCCUGCUGAAACCAUCGGCACCGCUUGUCCCCUCGAACGUUAUGAUCCAACCGCCGUCCAUCGUACAAAUCCUGGUCCCCUCGACACUGGUCAUGCAACCGCCUCAACAGACGCCGCAACAACAAUCUUCGGCUCCACAAUCAUCCGCUGCCGUGGCUGCUCCCGCGGCAGUUCCAUUACCGACCCAACCGGCCGUUCUGCUCCCAGUAGCUUUGCCUAUCCCGCUUGCACUGGCCACCAUUGCCCCACCCGUUCCGGUACUGCUCGAAGCAUCGACUGGUGCACCGCCACCACUACCGGUGGCCAACGGUUCUCCCAUUGAAUCCCUCCCGAACAGCAUCCCCCAGCAGCAGCAGCAGCAGCAACCACUGGACGAUGAUCCCAGCGCCAACGGGGUUCUAGUGAUUCCGCAGCAGUUGCCCUACGACGAGCUAAAGUACGAUGCGCAACCGGAACCGGAACCGGACGAUGAGUCAAAGCCCACGCUACAGACAGCCGGUGGGGGCGAUGACAACAACGACGUUGGGCGGGCACCGCACGCCGGUGACGGGCCACCGGUAACCGUCACCACCAGCACCACGAUGCAGACAAUUCUCGAGUUUAAAAACAUCAUACACGACGACAGCUACGGGGUGGGUGGACCGGCGGCCACCGUGAUGGUGGUCCCGGUGCCACCGGCCACCAUCGUGCUGCCGGAAGUUAUCCCACUCCCGCUCGACAAGGCGCAAGGGCUAGCGACGGAACCGCAGGAGGAUGGGCCGGAAACGCAGCAGGAUCAGAGUGUCGAUCUCGACGAGCUGGAGUGAGCAUCGACUGGCUUUUGGCGCAAAGCUUUUGUUUUACUUUCUUUACAGCACAGCUGCUGCUGUUGAGAGUGAUUUUGACUGAGAGACGCAGAACUAGAGAGACAGAGAAAGAGAGAGAGCGCUUGAAGCAUUUAGCCAGCAAUCCCUUCGAAUCCAUCUGGACGCAGGACAGGAUUUUCUUUUUAGCCAACCCCGAUACUUGCGCCUUAGUUUUGUUUUCUUUUACGUUUGUACUUUAGUAUUGUGCCCUUCUCUUCCAUUUGCUUCCACCGUUCAAAUUCACGUGUUUAAAGUGCCAUUGUUUUAAUGUGUAUGUAUGUGUGCGUGCGUGUAUUGUUUGCCAUAUUUGUACCUUGGUCGGUGCCUGAUAGAGCUUGUCUUUUCCGUUUCCGUUUGGAGUGCGAUGUGAGUUAAGUAGCGAACUGUGUGACGGAAGCAGCAUCGCGCUGAGAGUGAAGAAUUUAUUUAGGGAACGAAAGAUAAAACGAAGAUCAACGAACUAUAUGAAGCACUAUUUGUAAGACAGCAUCCCCGUGUGCAUCCUAUGCCGUUUGCUUUGAACAUCAAUCGGAAAAGUUUCGAGUAAUUUAAUAGGGAGAGAAAG